AUGCCACAACGACCACCACCACAAUCCCCCCUCCCCCGACGGGGAGCACGAUCCCAGCCACCCCUCCACAUCCAGGCGCCACCCCUCCGCCGCCCCGCCCGUUCCAAGACCCCUCUAAUCCUAGCGGCAGGGGUAGCUGCAUACGGCCUGUCCCUCUACACAGCAUACCUCUACACAACCAUCAAGGACCUCCCACCCGCCCCCUCGAGUCCGCGCCUCCAGCCUAGCAACGCAAAGGUCUACAACGCCCUCGCAAGCGAGUACGACACAAGCAUCUGGUUCUCCGAGCUGACAAUGGGCCUCCCGCUCCUCCGCCGCGCCCUGGCACGCCGAGCUCACGGGCACGUGUUGGAAGCGAGCGUGGGCACGGGGCGGAACGCAGCGUAUUAUGACAUGGACAAAUGCGCCAGCGUCACCGUCGUGGACUCCAGUCUGGAGAUGCUGACGGUCGCACGGGCCGCCUUCGCAUCGCGGCAUCCGAGGUCGGGGACGAGGGUGCGGUGCGUGCACAUGGAUGCCGCGGCCCCAUUACCACCGCCCCCGACCCCGGCGGGGGGCAAGUACGACGUGGCGAUACAGAGCAUGGGCAUAUGCUCGCACGAGGAUCCCAUCGCCCUACUGCGCAAUCUGGCCCGCAGCGUGAAGAGCGGCAGCGAGGGGGGUCGGAUCGUCCUGCUGGAGCACGGGAGGAGCAGGUUCGAGUGGAUCAAUGACCUGCUGGAUAGAUUGGCGUGGGGGCACGCUAGGCGUUGGGGGUGCUGGUGGAAUAGGGAUAUCGGCGAGCUGGUGGAGAGGAGCGGGCUCAAGUUGCUGGAGGUCAGGAGGUAUCAUUUUGGGACCACGUGGUGGGUCGUGGCCGUUCCCCCGGACGAGGACAAAACAAUAGUAUCGUCUUCUCCUUGACGAUAAUGGACAAUACUGUAAAAACCGUAGUCCACAGUACAUGUGCCUAUAUCCUCCUCCUCCCACAAAAGAAAUCACAAGAAAUCACGUGACACCCCACCUUUUUUUUUUUUUUCACUCUUUUCUUUUCCCCCCCCAUACAAGCAUAAUUCAAUGAGAGAAAAGAAAAACCCGUCGCACGAGGCACAAGCAAAGCUUUGUACGAGUACGGUACAGCGCUUGUAUCACCCACCGUCUCACCCCUUCCCAUCCACACAUUACGAUACGAUACGAUACCAUAUCAAUUCUUGGACGCACCCACACACACAAAUCCCUCUUCCACCCACUCCCCGGGUACAGUACCGGUACUCGUACAAGUAGUCUAUCAUAUGCCACACCGGUUCGUCAUACGCCAUAAGUUAUCAAGAAUGAGUCAGGUUACGGCGGCAUCUUCCACCGCCCCAUCUCGGCAUGUGCCUAAUGGGACGGGACCUGCUUACUGUCACUGUCUUGUAUGUAGACUAUGCCGUACUUGUAACACCCCACGAUAAGGGGUUUUUCUCGCCUCUGCUCGGGAGGUGAGACUGCUGU